GCUCUGGGAUUAAAGCUCCCAGAAUGCACUGCGGCCGGCUGAUUGUAAACAACUCAUGAAGGAGACGAACGGAUGAUCGUGUUUGUGCGGUACAACCUGGGGCCUGGUGUGGCCGUGGAGCUGCAGGAGGAGGCAAGUGUGGCUGAGCUCAAGGAGGUGGUGGGGAGUCGACAGGGAGUCAGUCCAGAGGAGCUCCGAGUGCUGUUUGCUGGCAGGGAGCUGCAGAGUUCCACCUCCCUGCAGGGUUGUGACCUUCCUGAGCAGAGUACCGUCCAUGUGGUCCACCCUCCUCUAGGCUCUUCCUCCUCCCAGCUCCUCCUCCUGCAGGACCACCUGUCUCCAGUCAGAGAGAAGGAGCAGCGUAGGCUGACCAGGUUAGACCUGAGCUCCUCUCGUCUCCCAGCAACCUCCUCAGGACUUGCUGUUAUCCUAGAGGCAAAUGUGAGAGGAGGGGAAGGAGGAGCAACAGGAGGAGAAGAAGUAGAAAAAACAAGAGGAGCAACGGGAGGAGAAGUAGACAAAACAAGAGGAGCAACAGGAGGAGAGGAAGGUUGUGCUGAUGAGAGAGUUCAGAGAUCAGAGCAGCAAGCUGAGGCUCAGAAAGAUGUGCGUGUCUGUAGUACUUUCUUUGUGUACUGUAAAAGCUGCAGUUCCAUUCAGCCUGGAAAACUUCGCGUUCGCUGUUGGGUCUGCAAAGAGACAACGUUAACGCUCAGUAGGGGUCCAUCCUGCUGGGACGAUGUCCUUCUUCCAGGAAGAAUCCAUGGCCUCUGUCAGGCCGACGGUUGUCAUGGUAACACAGCGGAAUUCUACAUGAAAUGUGCGUCUCACCCAACAUCAGAGGAUGACACGUCUGUGACCCUUGACCUCAUUAUGAUGAAUAUCAGAAACGUCCCAUGCAUCGCCUGUACCGACAUAACGGAGGUGGUCCUGGUCUUCCAGUGUGCAGCGCGCCAUGUGAUCUGUCUGGACUGUUUCUGCCGCUACUGUCAGACUCGCCUGAAUGAGCGACAGUUUGUGUAUCACUCUGUGAUUGGGUAUUCUCUUCCAUGUGCAGCUGGCUGUGAGGACUCUCUGGUAAAAGAGUUGCAUCAUUUCAGGAUUCUGGGAGAUGAACAGUAUGGGCGGUACCAGCAAUAUGGGGCGGAAGAGUGUCUGCUGACCCUUGGAGGCCUGUUAUGUCCCUCACCUGGCUGCGGGGCGGGACUUCUACCUCCCAACGGCAUCAGGAGGGUGGAGUGUGACAGACAGCUAGGCUGUGGCUUCAUCUUCUGCAGGGACUGCAGAGGACCAUAUCAUGAGGGGGCAUGUCAGGUGAUGCCAGCUCCACCCACCUCACGUGACUCUUCACAGGGUUUUGUUGUUGCAGAGGAGGCAUCUCAACAGGGGAGGUGGGACCGGGCAUCUCUGCUCCUCAUCCAAGAGUCAACCAAACGCUGCCCUCGCUGCUCGGUUCCUGUGGAGAGAAACGGUGGCUGCAUGCACAUGCAGUGCUCCCUCUGCAGAGCUGAGUGGUGCUGGCUGUGUGGCGUUCCCUGGAACCGAGAGUGUAUGGGGAACCACUGGUUUGGAUAACGGCACACUUUCACAAGACUAAAGCAUCUGGUUCAUAAUUGAUCACAUUUGUGACCAGGUCUUCCUGUCCCCUCAGACAUCCAUGUGUUAAUUGACCACCCCAGACCAGGAUGUCAGUCAGAGUUUUCUACUAUCCAUGACAAGUGUUAUUACUGUAGCUGACUAGAGAUAGUGCAUGGACAAUAUCAAGCCCUACCCCACCCCAGAGAGAUGCUCUGUAGUUGGUCUGAUUGUCCAUAGUACGCUAAGACAACCCUGUGGGUCCGAGCCAUGUGAUCAGCCAACCUCCUACGUUUAAAAUCUGAGGUUGUGAUAAAUGGCAACACCGUACUCUGCUAUUCCUAGAGGACUGCCGACAUCCUGCUGUGGGUUUCUCUGCUCACAAUAAUUUAAAUAAAGCUGUAUCUGUUUUUUGGAACAA